UACAUAAAAAAUCGAUAACUGCAAUUCUAAGAAAUCCAUAUAGACGUAUUAUACCUACAUUUACGAAGAGCCAAAGCUUUGUUUACAAUAUCGCAUUACUGAUUACAUUGUAACACCUUUGCCUAUUGCCGCCAUUUUUCUAAGCGCACGGCACGCGUCCAAUGACGAUCCCGCAUUCCCGCUCCUGUCGCCUCGGGUGGAAGACGCACAAUUAAAUUUCUAAAUUCAAAAUUACGCAAAAUAAAUUUGGAACAAUGAGCAACGGACUCAAUUAUUACAGUGAUUAUGGCAGCGGCAGCUCAAACUCGCCCACUCGGGAGCCGUGGUCCUCGCAGCAGUCGCCGGAGGGUGGCAGUAGGAAGUCGGCUAGCUAUCAUGAUUUGGUGACGGGGAAGUGCACACUGGAGGACAUUAUCAAGGAGUUCCAAAUGAAUGGUAUCGACAGCCCUUACAAUCCUGAUGAAGAUACCAAGCACCAUGCAGUGGGUCUGUCCGGCCUGGGCCCUGGCGCGCAGUACGUGCGCCAGCAGUCGUGCCCGGAGCGCGCGCGCAGCCCCGCGCCGCGCCCGCCGCGCCCGCGCUCGCUGUGGGUGCCCGACGACGCGCGCACUGACUACAUGCAGGACUUCAACAACAUGCAAACAUUGACCACUCCUGUUGAUGACGUGCCAGUACCAUCUGUGAGCCAGCCGCUGUUGACUGAGGAUCACCUUCGCGUGCUGAACUCGCUGCCGACAAACGUAGUGUUCCUACUGCUGCGGGAAAUGGAGAAAAACCAGGAAGAUUUACUUAAACGCUCGAGGAAAGAGCCAGUUGAGUGCCGCUUCUGCAAGAACAACGGCGAGCGCGAGUCGUACUACCGCUCGCACCCGCUGAAGGCGGCGGGCGGGCGCGUGGCGUGCCCCGUGCUGCGCGCCUUCGUGUGCCGCCGCUGCGGCGCGCGCGGGGACCACGCGCACACCAUCAAGUACUGCCCGCUCAGCACGCACGACGAACGCAUAAAGUCCACCGCUAUGAUGCGCAGCGUUCGCAUGGCAUCAGGUCGCCGCCGCCCGAACUCUUACGCGCUCUCGUCACAACUCGACCCGCUCUGGGCUGCACUCGAACAAAAACUAAUGCUGUAAGUAAGUAAUUUAUUUCACUUCGACGGUUCAAUAACAAUAAUAAAUUAAAUUUUAUUUCCAAACUGUUAUUGAAUCAUCACAUUUUGUAUUAGUUAGUUGAUUAUCGAAUAGAUGGCGUUGUUAUCAAUGAAAGCGGGUGUUAGAAAUUAUAUUUUGUUUUUCGUUAUAAAAUCAUCAAGUAUUAUUAAUGUUGACUGUUACAUUUAAGUGUUUAAAAUAUGUUGACUGAAUAUGUUUGAAUCGUGUUUUUAAUACCAUAUUAAAGGAUUACUUGUGAGAAUCCAGAAUAAUGAGGAUGUUAGUAUUUUCUUAAUGGAGGAAGAGAAUAUUCUUAUAAAUGAUAAAUACCAAUAAUAUAGUUGGGACAAAUAUAGUAAUAAGUUACUGUAUCCAGUGCAGAUAAUUUGAUAACUAAUAAGUUUACAUUUAUAUACUUUUUCAAAUACUUUGAAAAGUUUCGUUACAUAGCUUAGACAAGCUACGAAAAUGUAUUGUGAUUGGCAGACAAACAGAUUCGUUUUAUUUGUUUUAAGUGGGACAUAAGUCGUUUAUACAUUUAUAUGAAUGUGAACUAAUCAAUACAUUUUCAGACUUUUAAUAUUUGAACUUCACAUAAAUUAGGUUUAGUUCUCGACAAUAUUAUUAUUAAAUCAAUGAUCAUUAUCUUAUACAUGCGGAUAUAUCGUGUAUGAAAUAUUCAACUCAUUUGAAAUCAAAUAUAAUACAUUUUCUUAAUCAAUGCUAAUGUAUUGAUAAUAAAAUGAUUGUAAUUAUGAAUUUGUAACACUAAACUGAUUUAAAACUGAGACCGUUAUGUCGAAUUUUUGUAAACCAGAAUCUGUCUAGAUUUCGGUCAAUAUGUUUCGUAUAAAUUACCACUUUAAAUAAGCAAUUAAAAGAAUAAUUUGCGGUCUUGUUUUGAGUAAAUUAAACGCUGCUCAAAA